AGACGAGGAAAAGCGGGCGACAGAAUCGCUGGUGUGCUUGCCUUCUCGAUCCUCUUGGUCUUUGCAACUCGGCAAGCUGUACCAACGGAAUGGUAGACACGAGAAGGGGACGAAGAAGACAACACGUUACGGGUUACCAUUCCAUUCCCAUUUCGUUACCGUUACCAUUCCACACGGGCUACCAUUCCGCUGCCCUACCAGCUCGCCUGCGCCCUGGCCCUUCUACCUCUAAGCUGUACCAAGACUUUCACAGUUUUGUAGUUCGCCCUCACAAGGUCUACCGAGACGGAUACCCGUGGAGACCCAAUAAGGGAUGUACCGCGGCGAACGUGUUAUGAAAUGGACAACACAUUUUAUGGUGUGGGACAAUGCAGCAGCAAAACACGGACAAAAGGGUUAACACAAGAAACAGAACAGGACGGCUGCAAACUCUCACAUGGUUCUACCGGCACUAGAACAGCGGCGGCGGUGGUGGUGGUGGCGAAAGGUCUCGCCGUCGUCGGCCUCACAGAGCCUCGGCCUCGGCCUCUUUCAGCUCUGCGUGACAACCUCGGGAGCGAGCCAAUGCAUCAUUAAGUACCUGUUCUGCACGCACGCAUGCUCUGUUGGAAUGUACGUCAACGUGUGUGCUAGCCUGGUGCUACUAGCAUACGUCACGUCUGCGUCUGAAAAUGACAUUUUCCCAGCGGCACCCGUGGUCUGCCCCCAAAUGGGCUGUCUCAGAGGUAGAAGAACUCUUGUGCAGGGGAAAAUCAUCAACCAGUACGUCGGCAUCCCUUAUGCAAUGCCACCUACGGGAGCCAAUCGCUUCAAGAAGCCGGAGCCCCAGUAUUCGUGGGGUUCCCACGUGUUUAACGCCACUGCAACACCACCUUCGUGUCCGCAACACUACUUCUACGCGGAUACGCGCUGGAACAACUACGACGUGAGCAUCAACGAAGACUGCUUGUAUCUGAACGUCUGGUCACCUGAAGAAUGUUACUUUGACGAGACAUGCGACAAGAAACCCGUCGUCGUAUUCAUACACGGAGGUGCGUUCACGUAUGGGGGUAUCGAGAAAUCUUCCGGAGACCUGUCCAACUUAGCUGCCACGGCUAACGUAGUUGCAGUGUCUAUGAACUAUCGCUUGAACGCCUUGGGUUUUCUUUAUGGACGCAGUGAAGACGUGCCGGGAAAUGUUGGACUGUACGAUCAGAACAUGGCCUUGAAGUGGGUGAAGGACAACAUCGAGUCCUUCAACGGAGAUCCCAAAAGUGUAACAAUAGUAGGUCAUGACGCUGGUGCUCAAAGUGUCGGUUACCACAUAGUGUCACCAAAAAGCAGGAACUUGUUCAAGAGAGCAGUGCUGUUGAGCGGUAGUCCAUAUACAACGAUGCCGCUGAAUAAACAAGACAUUGCAUACAACAGAGGGAUUGCUGUAGCUCGAAAGCUUGGGUGUAGCGCAGACAAACUCAUGGAGUGCUUGCGUGAGAAAGACGCCAUGGACGUUGCUGCUAAGUCACAAUAUGAGUACAGACGAGGUGAUCUGUCACUGCUGCCGGUCUUCGGAGAGGACUUUUUGCCACGGUCUCCAAAAGAGUUGAUGAAGGAAAUAGAAGAUAUCCGUGGUCUGGAGGUCCUGAUGGGAAUCACCGAAGAAGAUGGUUCGGACGAUCUCUACUACAAUGGGUAUUUUGACGCGGAACCAGUUGAAGAAAUGAAGAUGGGCGACAUCAGUUACGCUGUAGGACUGUUCUACGGGAUGAUGUAUAAGAAGAAUGCCCUGCCGAUUAUAAAGUACUACUUGGGCAACGUUUCGAGAAGUGACCCUAGCGACAUGAUUAAAGCUGGAGGUCGCGCCAUUGGAGACGGAAUGACAUUGUGCCCAGAGAAUAAUUUUGCCGAAGACUUGGCCGACAGAGGGGCGAAAGUGUACUACUUCAUGCUCACCCAGAAGUCUUCGUUUGGCUCUGAGCUGCUGGGACCGACUGGUGGUGAAGACAUGCUUUACAUGCUUGGAUCAAUGAGUCACAUGACUGCUAAUGACGAAGAACGUAAGCUCUCUCACAGGAUGAUGAGGAUGGUGGGAGAGUUCGCGCGAACAGGACGCCCAAGUUUGCCCUUGCAGAAGCCGUGGCCUCCAUAUUCCCGAGAGAACCCAUUCUACGUCUCCGUGUCUGCCAGAAACAUGAGUAUAAACUUUGGCCCACGUCUGGAUGAAUGUGCCUUUUGGCAAGCAUUCUGGGCCCCGUACCGUGGACGAAGUGGUGGAACAGCUCCAAAAGUGCAGCACAUCGUACUUGGCUGAGCACUGUAGUAUAGAGGAGAUGACAUUUCAUUUCAAGUGUACGCCGGCUAAGUCAAGUUGUAUAACGGCUACAGAGACACGCGACCCACAUCUGUGUGCACAUCGAGUCAACUUCCUUGACGCCAUUUCCCAGAUGUUGGGCAUAUCUGCAACUGUUAUUUCAAGGUGAAGUUCAAUGAGACCUGAGCUAAAAGUAACCAUGGGUAAGAACGAAAGGUGGGAAAUUCGAAUGAUAUUCACAAGACAGCGUGUGAGAUUGAUCACAGGAGGUUUCCCCGUGUUUUUUCUGUACUAUGUAAAAUUUGCGGGACGUUAGGUCGGCUUUAUGUGUAAAAUACUGGAUGGUAAUUCUCGUUCCCAGAAAUACACAGAUUUGCAAUGCACACAUUUUGCACCUAUACUGGUAACGCCACCUGCAUUACAAGUUAUUCUUGCAGCAUAUACCGCAGGCUUCAUAACUCGCUUUUAGGUUGUGGGCCUAGAGCCCUGCGGGUUUUUAGCAUUGCCCAGCAUUUCCAAAUAUGGUUGGACUGUGCCUUUUAUGCGAUUAAGUUGCGAUGUGCCCUGCGGUUUGCAUCACUGUUGCACUGGCAACUUUGCACUCAGUGCGAUUUGAGACCGCAAGACAGCCAUAACCAAGAGCACUCUGACCACGGGGUCCAGCUGAUUGAUUUCUGCAGCAGCCACACAGAACAUUCUUCAUUAAUGGAAGCCUGAGCAACAGAGGACAAAAUUACCCCUGCAGUUGUGUUCCUUUCUGUAACACAUUGCUCUAAUUAAUUGUUUUGUUUGCCGAUAACCUGUAAGGGUGUGAUUUAAAAAAUUUAUGAUCUUUGGAAGCCUGACUGCGAAAAUGGACACUACUCGAGUGCUAAGACUGUGCUUUGUAGGAGACACCAUCUCCAUACUUUUCUUUCCUAACUCCAACUCCAACUGAAAUUAAGGUCUUUUGGGUGUUAAGUUGGAACGUGUCUUCUGCACUCGGAGGCCAUGUGAUGUGUCCAGUCAUGCUUCCAGCCAUGUCUUCUCUUCCGUGUUCUAGGUGGUAUCGGAACUGUCAUAUUUACAGAAGUGCUAGCUCCACUUCAGGCGUGGGCUAAUGAUGAAACGAUUCAUUUUGAUUAUCACAUAUAUUAAGCAAAAAUAUAAUAUUUAGCCUUCGAUGAGGGUAAUUUUGGUACAGCCAUGUAAAUUUCAGGGGUAUAUCUAGCUUAGUCACUCCUCAGAGAUCAGGCUUACAUUUUGACGAAGACUGGAUGCGCUUGUUCACCGCCGUACAAACAUCAGUCAGCGCAAUUCCUGAUAGCGAGACAUUCUCGGGUGUGCGCUGAGAGAAACUGGACGCACCAUGAGUUUGGAGGCUACACGACCUGCCAUCUUUGCUUCCUGACACACGCAUUUCUUUUUUUUUUUUUUUUUCAAACGUGUCACUGGCAUUUCUGUGUUCAUGCAGACACUGAAGUAGUAUCCUGCACUUUAACUGUAUAUAAUAAACCUCUGUUGGGAAUUUUUCGC